AUGCGUAUUCAUUUACAACAAGAUGAAUCUUCUGAACGAUUUGCAAAACAAUUGCUAGAUAUUGGGAAUGGAAUGCCACCGCAUAUUUUAUCUUUGAAAAUUGGUUCAUCAUUGGUGAUUGAAAUCAUCCUUCUACGAAAUAUAAAUCCACCGCGACUAUGCAAUGGGACUAGGCUAUCAGUAAAAAAAUUAAUGAAUAACAUAAUUGAGGCAACCAUUUUAAAUGGAAAACACCAAGGAGAACAUGAACUAAUACCACGCAUUCCCAUGAUACCAACAGAUACUAUAUUUGAAUUCAAACGUCUACAGUUUCCUGUACGACUAGCCUUAGCAAUGACCAUUAACGAAGCACAGGGACAAUCAUUGCAA